UCCUUGAGAUAAAUCAAUCUCUUUCUAUAUAUAUCCUUCAUUUGUUUUGCUUCUCUAGAGAACCCAGCCUAAGUGUGGUUUUAGAGAAACAAAAUCAUUAAGAUGAGUUUUCUACAUUGGUUCUGAAGUCUGACUAGUCUUAAAGGCACUGAUGACUCUGCCUCCAGUAGUAAAAAGGGUGCUGCUAAUCCAUGGCAUGAGGUGGUAGUAUUAAUACACAAAAUAUCACCACCAAAAGGUCAGGUAUUGGUGAUGAGUAAGGCUCUGGGUAAUUGUGUGUUUGAUACUUUUCUACAAUUUUUUCAGAAUGAGAAGUAUAGGGAAGCUUGUUGGUUGGUCCUACUUUCUCUAGACAAAGUGGUGAAAGAAAGAUGAGCUCAGGGCUUCAGAGUCACGGUUCAAGCACCACAUAAAAGACUUCAAAGUUGCCAUUUGUGCCCUGAAAGAAAACCUUAUUUUUUAUAAGAACAGGGCUGAUAUUGCAGAAAACCAAACCCAGCAUCUUAUUGUAAGAGUGGAUAAAUUACAAUGCCAGUUGAAUUUCCAACCUCCAAUGGUGCCUGAAGUUAAAGUGAAGGCAUCGAUUAGGAAGAAAUGUGGUCCUGAAACUUGGGAUGAGGUUAUAUGGGCAGAUAAUCAGGAAGCUGGUACACUAAGUCCCUAAAUUUCAUUGAAUAACUCCUGCGAACAGAACUAGCCCUCUUACUCCCAUCUGAAGAGAUCACUAAAUCUCUGUCUGCUAAGCCACCCUCCCCAGUAAAACCAUUGUCCCCUUCACCCCAAUCUGAAGAGAUUAACUGAGCUGCACCUGAAGGGUCUUUUUCUGAGAUACCACCUGGAAUGGUACUUGCGGCAUUACCUGGGGUAUCACCUGAGGCAGAUGCCUUACAAGCCAUUGCUGAAUGUUCCCAGGACCCACUCCCACCACCCAUUUUUGCAUCUAGACCUAUAACUAGACUUAAGUCUCAGUGAGCCCCAAAAGGUGAAGUACAAAGUGUGACCCAGGAGGAUGCAUACUCAACUCCAAAAGAACUGCUUGAUUUUUCUAAUAUGUACAAACAGAAACCUGGGGAAUGUGUGGGAAUGGCUAUUAAGGGUGUUGGAUAAUGGUACAAGGAACAUAAAGUUGAAUCAGCCUGAUUUUAUUGAUACGGGCCCACUAAAUACAGAUUCUUCAUUCAGUGUUUUAGCUCGAUAGGUUAGAAAAGGAUCUAAUGGUGUAUUUGGUUGGUUCUCUGAAGCACGGAUUACACAGUGGCCUAUACUAAAUCAAACUGAAGUACCAGACCUGUGUUGGUAUACCGUAGAAGGUAUCCAGAGGCUUAGGGAAAUUGGCAUGUUAGAGUGAAUUUAUUGGGGUAGACCCACAGACCCACACAUGGAGUGCCCAGAGGACACACCAUUUACCACAACUGUGAGAAACAAAUAUGUGAAGGGAGCCUCAGCAUUCUUGAAGACUGCCAUGCUUGCUUUUUCAUGUAAGUCAUAUUUCACAGUUGGAACUGCCCUAACUGAAUUUAAACACUGUCUCAGUUGUCUAGUGGUGCUAUAACAGAAAUACCAUAAGUGGAUGGAAUUAACAAAGAGAAAUUUAUUCUCUCACAGCUAGAAGUUCAAAUUCAGGGUGCCAGCUCCACAGGAGGGCUUUCUCUCUCUGUCAGCUCUGGGGGAAGUCCCUCGUCAUCACUCUUCUCGGUUGAUGAGCUUCUCAGCAUGAGGACCUCAGGUCCAAAGGAUGAGCUAUUCUGGUGCUUUUUUUCUUGUUGGUAUGAGGUCCUCUCCUCCCCGCCCAUCCUGCGAGCAAGCAGCCUGAUUUCUUACCUGCUGAUCUUGGAUCCAUCAGCCUCCAUGACCCAUCUUUCUGCUUGCCUCUCUCAUUUAUAUCUCAGAAGAGAUUGACUUAAGACACACCCUAAUCUUGUAGAUUGAGUCCUGCCUCAUUAAUAUAACUGUCAAUAAUCCCACCUCAUUAACAUCAUAGUGGUAAGAUUUGCAACACAUAGGAAAAUCACAUCAGAUGACAAAAUGGUGGACAAUCACACAAUACUGGGAAUCAUGGAGUAGCCAAGUUGACACACAUUUUGGGGGGGACACAGUUCAAUCCAUUAUAUUCCAUCUGUUGGCCCCCCAAAAUUCAUGUCCUUGCCGCAUGUAGGACACAUUCAUGCCAUCAUAUCAUACCAAAAGCCUUAAAUGAACUCCAGGAGCAAAAUCCAAAAAUUCCUCUUCAUCUGUGAAAUCUAGAAUGGAAGUUAUCUGCUUCCAAAGUACAAUGGUGGAACAGGCACAAGGUAGACAUUUCCAUUACAAAUGGGAGAAAUUGGAAGGAAAGAAGGCAUCGCAGGCAAGUCAGCAGCACACAUUACAUUAGCCUUCAAGGCUUGAAAAUAAUCCUCUGUUCUCUGAGACUAUUUAGACAAUGGCCCUGCCCUCCAGACUCUGGGUUUUGGCCACACUCUCUGGAUUCUGAGUGAAGAGCCCUCAGCCUUUGGCUUCAGCUCUGCCUUCCAGGCCCACUGGGAUGGGAACUCUGCUCCCUUGGUUUUGGGUGGCCCCAUUCUCCUAGUUCAUCUGAGUGGCUGGUCCACACUUUGAGACCCCAGGAGUCAUAGCCAUACCCUUUGAAACUGAUGCAGUUCUUCCUGUGUUCCUUGUCUCCUCAGCUUCUGAUCCCUGGUUCCUUGGCCUCUGGGUCCUGCAGGCCUCUCUGCCCACAUCUGCCCUGCUGGGGCAAGUAUUCUAAAGCUCUGUAGCUCCACUGAUAAGUGCACAGAGGCACCCCACUCCACCAGUAAACUUCAGCCAGAAGGCACUCAGCUUUCUUGCUCAGUGGGUAGGCAAGCCUAGCUCCAUCAAUGAGUGCAUGGAGGCAUCCGACUCUGCCAGCAAGCCUUCUGUGCCAAGGCACUCAGCCCUCUGGCUCCGUGGGUCGGCUCCAGUGCUGUCUCAUUCUGGUCUCCUGGUUCUGCUUCUGCCAUUUCUUUGCUGCUGCUGUUUCCCUGUUGCUGCUUUUCUCCAUCUGAGCCAUCUCCAGUGUCAGAGCUCUCCUCACUUCCGAGUCCUGACUAAAAUUGUCUUUGACAUCCAUAAUUCCACCAACAGUCUCUUCAAGGCAAUCUAGGCUUUUACUGUUUGGCAUUUUAAAACUCUUCCAGCCUCUAUCCACUCACAGUUUCAAAACUGCCUCCACAUUGUAGGUGUCUGUUAGAACAGAACCCCACUCCUGGUACCAAAUUCUUUCUUAGUCAUCUAGUGCUGCUAUAACAGAAAUACCACAAGUGGAUGGCUUUAACAAACAGAAAUUUAUUCACUCACAGUCUAGGUGGCUAGAAGUCCGAAUCAAGGGUGCCAGCUCUAGGGUAAGGCUUUCUCUCUCAGUUCUGGGGGAAGGUCCUUGUCAUCAGUCUUCCCUGGCCUUAGUCAUCUAAUUUUGCUAUAGAGAAAUGCCACAAGUUUAUGGCUUUAACAAAGAGAAAUUUAUUCUUUCAUAGUCUAGUAGGCUAGACAUCCAAAUUCAGGGUGCCAGCUCCAAGGGAGGGCUUUCUCUCCCUGUUGGCUCUGGGGGAAGGUCCAUGUCAUCAGUCUUCCCUGGUUGAGGAGCUUCUCAGUGCAGGGACCCUGGGUCCAAAGGGCGUGCUGUUCUCCUGGCACUUCUUUCUUGGUGGUAUGACAUCUCCCUCACCCCAUCUCUCUGCUCCCUUCUCUCAUUUGUAUCUCAAAAAAGAUUGACUUAAGAUAAAACCUAAUCUUGUAGAUUGAGUCCUGCCUCAUUAACGCCUAACUUCCACUAAUUUCACCUCAUUAACAUCAUAGAGGUAGGAUUCACAACACAUAGGAAAAUUAUAUUAGAUGACAAACGAUGGACGAUCACACAAUACUGGGAAUCAUGGACCAGCCAAAUUGAUACACAUGGUUGGGGGAGACACAAUUCAAUACAAUAACAAACACCUAACUACAAUAGGGCUGAUUGGACUCUGUGGUGGUAGGGGCCAAGUGGUGGCACUCAUUUGACAAUGACAGGCAGUAAUUAGAAUAGUCUGACACAUGUGAACUUAUGGCACUGGCUACUUAGUUUUGGUGUCCCUAGGAGUGAAAUAGAUGAGAAAUCUACUAAAUAUUUACUUGAUCUAUACAAGUGAAAGAAUUCUUGGUCAAGUGAAGAGCAGUCUAACUUGAAUCGCCAGAAUAGAAAGAGUCAUGGCCCCUCAAUCAGUUCCCAGACUUGAGGCAGUUUACAGACCCACAAUCCCUUGAAAGAAGGGAAGGCUGAGUCACGUUGAGGAAGGACCCCACUGCACUGACAAAAAUUUGUACUGUUAUCCUUUCUUCCAACCUUUCCCAAAGGGAUCUACGGCCUUUUACUAGAGUGACUAUUCACUGGUGAAAAGGAUAUAAUCAGACUUUUGGGGAUUAUUGGAUACUGGCUCUGAAUUGACAGUAAUUCUAGGAGAACUAAAAUGUCACUGUGACCCACCAGUCAGAGGGGGGGCAUAUGGAGGUCAGGUUAUUAAUGGAAUCUUAGCUUAGGCUCAUCUCAAAGUAAAUCCAGUGGAUCCCUGAACCUAUCCUGUAGUGAUUUCCCUCGUUUCAGAGUGCAUAAUAGAUAUACUCAGCAACUGGCAGAACCCGCAUAUUGGAUCUCUGACAAGUGGAGUAGGGCUAUUAUGGUAGGAAAAGCCAAGUGGAAGCCAUUAAGAUAGCCCCCUUCAUAGGAAAUGAGUAAACCCAAAGCAAUACCACAUUCCUGGAGGGAUUGGAGAGAUUACUGCCACCAUGAAGGACUUGAAGGAUGCAGGGAGGCUGAUUCCCACCACAUUCCCAUUCAACUUGCCUAUUUGGCCUGUGCAAAAAACAGAUGGAUCUUGGAGAACGACAGUGGAUUAUCAAAAACUUAACCAGGUGGUGACUCCAGUUGCUGCUGCUGUUCCAGAUCUGGUUUCUUUGCUUGAGCAAAUUAAUAAAUCUCCUGGCACCUGGUGUGCAGCUGUUUAUCUGGGUAAUGCCUUUUCCUUCAUUCCAGUUUCAAAAGAACAGCAGAAGGAGUUUGCCUUCAGCUGGCAAAGCCAGCAAGACACCUUCCCUCCCCUUGAGUAUGACUUGCUUCUGACAAUUAGAAUAAAUCAAAGGUAAUAGGAUGUUACUCCCUUCAUUAGGUUUCCUAAUAUGGCAAACGUGAUGGAAUGUCAUGCCUAUGAUUACAUGUAUAUAUAAGAUUCUAUCUUAGAAGACCAAAGAGAAAAAAUCUCCUAGCCAUGAAAAAGUAAGCUGCCAUGUUGUGAGAGAAUUUGUGAUGGAGCUAUAUGACAAAGAACUGCAUGUGACCUAUAGGAUUUCAGGGCCUCAGACCUAGAAUUGCAAGAAACUUAAUUCUGCCCAGCAACCGUGUAAGCAUGGAAGAGGACUUCAAGCUCCAACCCUGAUUGUAGCCUUGUGAGACCCUGAGCAGAGGGCCCAACUAAUAUGUGACUAGAUUCCUGACCUACAGAAACUGGGAGAUAACAGGUAUCUGUUGGUUUAAGCCACUAUGUUUGUGGUAAUUUAUUAUGCAGCACAGGAAACUAACAGAGAUUUUAGUACCAAGAGUACAGUCCUGUUGUAUUAAAUAUCUAAAGAUGUGGAAUUGGCUUUGGAAAGAGGCAACAGGCAGAAGCUGGAAGGAUGUCGAGGAGCAUGAUCAUGAAAGCCUAAGUCACCUUGAACAAAUUGUUACUAAGAGUCUGGACUUUAAGGAUGCUACCAGUGGGGGCUCAGAAGGAAGUAACCUUAACACAUGAGAAAAAGAAGAUCAAACUAAACCUAAAGCAAAGAAAAACAAGGAAAUAAUAAAUAUUAGAGUGGAAAUUAAUGAAAUAGAGACUAGAAAAACAAUAGAGAAAAUCAACAAACUCAAAGUUGGCUCUUUGAAAACAUCAAGUGAAAUUGACAAAUAAGCUAGAGAGAAAGAGAAAAUUCAAAUUAAUUAAAUCAGGUAUGAAGGAGAAGACAUUACUACUAGGAAAAAUUUGUAUACCUAGAUGAAACAAAUUUCUAGAAAGACACAAACUACCAAAACUGACUCAAGAGGAAAUAAGAAAUCUGAAUAGACCUAUAAUAGAUAAAGAGAUUUAGUUAGUAAUCAAAAAACUACCCACAAAGAAAAGUCCAGACCCAUAAGACUUUCCUGGUGAACUCUACCAAAAAUGUAAAGAAGUAACACAAUUCCUCACAAAUCCUUCCAAGAAAUAAAAGGGGGAGGGAACACUUCCCAACUCGUUCUAGGAGGCCAGCAUUGUGCGGAUACCAAAACCAGGCAAAGACAUCACAACAAAAGAAAACUAUAGCCCUUAUCUUCAGUAAAAUACUAGAAAACAAAAUCUAGCAACGUAUAAAAAGAAUUAUACAUCAUGACCAAGUAAGGCUUAUCCCAAGAAUAUAAAAUUGGUUUAACAUCAGAAAUUGAAGUUAAAAAAUCAGUCAAGUCCAUACCAAGAGAAUAAAGAUCAAAAACCACUGGAUCACUUCAAUACAUGUAGAAAAAGCAUUUGACAAAAUGCAACACCGCUUCAUGAUAAAAACACUUAACAAACUAAGGAGUAGAAAGGCAUUUCUUCAACGUGGUAAGGGGCAUCUCUAUGAGAAACCCACAACUAACACGUAUUUAAUAAUGAAAGACUCAUGUUUUUCCAAUAAGAUCAGGGAGAGGAAAGGCUGUCUCCUCUCACUGAUUCUAUUCAUUAUUGUACUAGAGGUUCUAGACAGGGCAGUUAGGAAAGGGGGAAAAAAGCAUCCAGAUUAGAAAGGAAAACGUAUCUUAAUUUGCAGAAAACAUGAUCCUGUAUAUUAAAUCCUAAGGAAUACACUAAGAACUAUUAGAAUUAAUAAAGUACUUCAUCAAGAUUGCAAGAUAGAUCAACGUACAAAAUUAGCUGUAUUUUUAUAUACUAGUAAUGAACAAUCUGAAAGUGAAAUUAAUUUCAUUUAUCAUAGCAUCAAAAAGAAUAAAAUAUUUAGGAAUAAAUUUAACAAAAUAAGUAUAAGAUUUGUACAUGGAAACUAGAAAACAAUGUUGUAAGAAAUAUAAAAAAGAUAUAAAUAAAUGGAAGGACAUCCCACAUUCACAGAUUGGAAUACUUAAUAUUGUUAAGAUGGUAAUACUGUCCAAAGUGGUCUACAGAUUCAUCUCAGUCCCUAUCAAAAUCUCAGCUGAUGUCUUUGCAGAAUUGACAAGCAGAUCCUAAAAUUCAUAUGGAAAUGCAGGAGACUUAGAAUAGUUACAACAAUCUUGAUAAAAAAUAAUAAAGUUAGAGAACUCACACUUCUCAAUUUCAAAACUUAUUAUAAAGGAACAGUAACCAGUCUGGUAAUGACAUAAGCGUAGGCAUAUACAUCAAUGAAAUCGAAUUGAGAAUCCAAAAUAAACCCUGACAUUUACAGUCAAUUAAUUUUUGACAAAGAAUUCAAAGGAGGAGAACAUAGUCUUUUCAAAUGAUGCUGGGACAAUUGAAUAUUCACAUGCAAAGUAAUGAAAUUGGACUCCAUUCUCACCAUAAAAAAAAAUUAACUCAAAAUAGGUCAUAAAUUGAAAUCUAAGAGCUAAAAAUAUGAAACUUUUAGAAGAAAAUAUGGAAGUCUUAGAAAUGAUACCAAAAGCAUGAACAAUAACAAAAAAAUUGAUAUAUUGGACUUCAUCAAAAUUAAAAACGUUUGCGCAUCAAAGGAUAUUAUCAAGAAAGUGAAAAGACAACGGACAGUCCUGGCUUACAUCGGAAUCACCGUGGAUUUAUUGGGGCCCCACCCAAGGAGAUUCUCAGUCAGUCCUGCGAUCUGUGCCCCAUGGCUGAUUCUGAGGUGUAGCCAGGGGCGAUAACUGCCACUUUGGCUGCCAUAAACCACCUGCAGCCUCCUCAGUGGGCCACGUCCUCUCAUGCCCACUGUUCCUUUUGCCAGAAUGACCUUCGUUUGCUUGACUCCUAUCAAACUCUGCUGAGAUGUCGUCUUCUCCAGGCAGCUGUCCCUGGCAUUCCUUCCCACCCGCUUUCCAAGGUCUUGGUCAGUCAUCUUUCCUGUGUGCUGCCUGGGGCUCUUCUGCUUACCUCCCUCUUUCAAUUUAUACACUGUGUUUGUCAGUUUACUUGUCACUUUCCCAUACUAAGCUAAGUCUUUGAGGACAAACCUUUCAAUCCUGAGAGUACUGGUUAUCAUACUCUCUUAAAAAAAAAAAAACCCGUUGACAUCGAGUUGAUUCUUACUCAUAGCAACCCUACAGUAUACAUAGCAAGUGCUCAAGCGUUUAUUGAAAGAAUGGAUGUAGGAAUCCAUUCCUGUUUUCUUUAUGCUGUCUCAGAUCCUUAUGACUUAAGAGGCAGGAAUAAUUUUUCCUUAUUUUUAUGUUUACCCUGACCAUUCUUCAUGACCUUUCCUAACAUUUUCACCAUAAUUCCUAAUAUAGAGUAUCAGCCAACACUGUCCUGGACAUUAACCCAUUGUAACCCUUGGUUCAGUUCUUGACUUUGCUAUUUACCAGUUUGAGGCCUUGGGAAAAUUACUUAACUUUCAAGAACCUCAGUUUCCUCAUCUGUAAAAUGGGAAUGAUAAUAAUAGUUACCUCAUAACGUUAUUGUCAGGCCCAAUAAAAUAGUAUUUGUAAAGUGAUUGGCCCAUAUAGGAAACGCUGGUGGCACAGUGGUUAAGAGCUGUGACUGCUAACCAAAAGGUCAGCAGUUCGAAUCCACCGGGCACUCCUUGGAAACCCUAUGUGGCAGUUCUACCCUGUCCUGUAGGGUUGCCAUGAAUUGGAAUUGACUCAAGGCAAUGGGUCAAUGGGUUUUGGCCCAUAUUGUUGUUUAUUGAGUGCUAGUUCCCUUCUUUUGGGAGGCCCCAUGACAUAAUCAAAACGAAAGCCAAACCCAUUGCUGUUGAGUCUAUUCCGACUCCUAGUGACCCUAUAGGACAGAGUAGAAUUGCCCCAGAGGGUUUCCAAGGAGCAGCUGGUGGAUUCAAACCACUGACCUUUUGGUUAGCAGCCAAGCUCUUAACCACUGCACCACCAGGGGUCUGUCUCAUGGUGUAGUAGAAUGAGCUAAAUCCUAUGGUUGCAAAGCCCACUUCCGCUGCUUUGUUGUUGUUGUUAGGUGCCGUCAAGUUGGUUCCAACUCAUAGUGACACUAUAGGACAGAGUGGAACUGCACCAUAGGAUUUCCAGUGAGUGGCUGGUGGAUUUGAACUGCCGACCUUCUGGUUAGCAGCCAAGCUCAUAACCACUAUGCCACUGGCUGUGUAUUUGGUCAGCUUAUGAAUCUUAGCAGCCUCAUUUAGAAAAUAAGCAUAAUAUUGAUUGUCCUUAUAGAGUCGUUGGGAAAAUUAGAUAAAAUUUAUGUUAAGUAUCCAGCUAAUGCUUGGCAUCUAGUAGGUGUGCAAUAAAAUGGUAGUUGUUAUUACUCUGAGGAGUAAUAUUAUACUACAGUGUUUUUCCUGUUUUCCAUGAUCCACAGACACUACUUAAUUGUCCCUAAUAUUAUUACUGAAGGUCAAAUGAUUUUGGCUAUUCUUAAAUUUUCUAUUUUACUUUCUGAAAAAAUCCUGAGUCACUUGUAAAUAUACCCAUUAUAUGGAAGCUCUCUUUUGAUCGGAUUUCUUACCAGUGCUACCCUCUCUGGCACCUGGCUUUCAGAAACCUGGGUUUAUAUUCUGAGCACAUUUUUUUUCCUGUGUAACAUUAGUACUGUACAACUCAGAAGCUCCCUGAAGAAUUGAAGUUCAAAGGAAUCUUUGAGACACAGACCUCCUUCCCUUCCCUGCCUCAACCACGGAGCCUUUUCAGACUGCCUCUUCCCAGAAUGUCAGGAGAGUUCACCGCCUUGGCCUGCCAUGUUCCAAAAGAACAAGAAGGACUUAUAAUUGUGAAGGUUGAAGAAGAAAAUUAUGUUUGGGGACAGGAGUUUGGUCUUCAGGGAAGCCCCCAUAGCCAGGAAAUCUUCCGUCAGCAGUUUAGGCAGUUUGGGUACUCUGACUCCUCUGGGCCCCGGGAGGCUCUGAGCCGACUCCGGGAACUUUGCCACCAGUGGCUGAGGCCAGAGACACACUCCAAGGAGCAGAUUCUGGAGCUGCUGGUGCUGGAGCAGUUCCUGGCCAUCCUGCCUGAGGAGCUGAAGGCCUGGGUGCGAGACCAUCGACCGGAAAGUGGAGAGGAAGCCGUGACUAUGCUAGAGGAGCUGGAGAAAGAACUUGAUGAACCAAGGCUACAGGAUACAGCUCAUAGCCAGGAAAUGAUCUGGAAGGAAAUGACAUCUGUGGGAGCACUGAAGUCUCUGAGUAGCCAACUCCAGCCCUUGGAAAACCAGUGCAAGAAUGAAACUCAUGAGUCACAGACUUUCCAUGAGAGAGAUGACAAGAUGGUGGCUGACAGAAUGUUAACUGCAAAGCAGGAAAUUAUUGAAUAUGUUACAUCAGCAGCCUUGAUAUCCCCAGGAGGACUACCUGGGAAAACUCCUUCGGGACAGAUAGUUGAAGAUACUUUAGGAGGUCCAGACAACUUCGAGAAACAAACAGGAAAUGCUACAAGGAACAAACUGGGUCAGCUCCCUUCCCAGGAAACACAUUUCAGUCUGGCAACUUUCAACAAGAAAAUCCCCACAAAAGAGACUGUUCUUGAAUGUAAUCAAAGUGAAGGAAAUAUCAAUCUGAACUCAAAUGUUAUUACACAACAAAGAAUUCACACUGGGAAAAAGCUCUAUAAGUGCUUUGAUUGUGGGAAAGCCUUCUUCCAGAACUCAAAGCUGAUUAGGCAUCAGAGAAGUCAUACUGGUGAGAGACCAUAUGCAUGUAAAGAAUGUGGCAAAGCCUUUAGUUUGAGCUCAGACCUUGUUAGACAUAAGAGAAUUCAUAGUGGUGAAAAACCAUAUGAAUGUUGUGAAUGUGGAAAAGCUUUCAGGGGCAGCUCAGAGCUCAUUAGGCAUCGGAGAAUUCACACUGGAGAGAAACCUUACAAAUGUGAAUGUGGGAAAGCCUUCAGCCGGAGAUCAGCCCUUAUUCAGCAUAACAAAAUUCAUACUGGAGAUAAAGGCUAUGAAUGUAAUGAGUGUGGGAAGGCUUUUGGUAGAAACUCUAUCCUUAUUGAUCAUCAAAGGAUUCACACUGGAGAGAAACCUUAUGAAUGUAAUGAAUGUGGUAAAUCCUUCAAUCAGAGCUCAGCCCUCACUCAGCACCAGAGGAUCCACACUGGGGAGAAGCCUUAUGAAUGCAGUGAAUGUAGGAAAACAUUUAGGCAUAGGUCAGGCCUUAUGCAACAUCAUAGAACUCACACCAGAGUUUGAAGAUGCUUUGGGAGGUCCAGACAACUUUGAGAAGGAGUUUCCUAUUGUGAAACACUAGUGAUUCACUUUGGGGAUGCCACAGAAGAUAGAAGUUUCCUGAGAGCAAGGUUUUUGUCCCUCUAGCCCUGUUCAGUACUGUAAGAGGCUAUCCACACAAAUAUGCUUUAUUGUGAUUGACUGAAGUGAUGAAUGAACAUUUUCAGCGAGGUCUUCUCCAAGAGGAUGGUAGGUAUUGGUUAGAAGCCUAACUAAUUUCUGGAUGAGAGAGCCCAUCAACCCACAUAUAACUGCUGUUGGGCACUUCUGCAGUAAGUUCAGGACUGGGGCAGAGAUGUUGAAAGUAAUCCAUGUAAGAUAGGCCAAGAGGUGAUCCCUCCAAUGGCAAGGAUCUCUUCCUGGCAGGGUCAUUUGUGCAUUUGACAGGCGGAGGUACAUGCUGAGAGUUAUUAAACGAUCUGAACUGAGGUUGUAAAAUGUUGAACUGUGCCUUGGAACAGUUUAAUAGCAUCUGAGAAAAGGUAGCUUAUUCUUCACCCUUACCUGUUCUCAGCCCUGAAUUUCCUGUUGAGGUUAAUUGAGAUCUGCUUAUUUUUUGAGUACCAGCUCUGUAGCUGGCAUUGGGGGCAGACUUGGUCAUUGACCUCCCAGACUUAAAGGCUAGUGGGAAAUACACUUAUGAAACAGGUAAUUACAGUAAAGUGGGAUAAGUGGCUUUGGUAGGAUAAAUCCAGGGUUCUGUUGAAGUACAUUGCAGAAGUACCUAAUCUGAUGUGGUGUGAUGGAUUGUUUUUAUAUGACCUUUCUUGCCAUGGUCUUGUAACUCCCACCAAAUGAUUGGGUGGGACUAUGCAAAUAAGGUGCCUGAAGUCCACUAAGGGAAUUGGACAGCUUGCUAAUAAUGGAAAUAAUUUGCAUGGCACCAUUUGGGAUGGGACUGUACAAAUAAGGUGUUAGGGAACACUAAUGAGGGGAUUGGUCAGCUUUGACAUCCUUUUAGGCUUAAAAUGAGCCAUUCCACAGGCGGAGAGGGGGGACCUCACUACCACCAAGAAGAAGACAUGGAAGCUGAGUGCAUCCUUCUGGGCUGGGGACCCUGUGCUGAGAACCUCCUAGACCCAGGAGACAGGGAGAGAGAGAACUGUAACACUGGAGACAGCACAAGAUGGCAAGAAGCAGUUGCAGAGAACUGUACAGAAAAUUGGCAGCAACAGGACCAGGAAACUGGCAAGACAGAACACAGCUUCCCGGCCCAUGGAGUAAGGCAGUUACAGUGGGUGUGCUGACUCACAGAGCAAGAGCUCCUUUGGAAAGGGGGCUUCUUGGCAGAGUGGGAUGGCUCCAAGCACUUGUCUAUGGAACAAGGCUUGUUGACCCACUGAGUGAGAGAGCUGAGACCUUCAGGUCAAGGCUAGCUACUGGAGUAUGGUGCCCCCAGGCACGUAUUGGUGUAGCUAAAGAGCUUUGUAACACUUGUCCAAGCAGGGCAGAGGCUGGGCCAGAGGCCAAAGGACCAAGAGGCCAAAGGCCAGAGAGAGGCCUGACUGUGGGCAUGGCUGAGAACAGGCUGUCCUGAUUGAAGAAUUGUAUCCUGAGUCAUCCCUGAUCCUGAAUUGUAACCUCUGCUUCCCUAAUAAACCUCAUAACUGUGAGUAUGGUCUUUGAGUUCUGUGUGGCCAUUGCAACGAAUUAUUGAAAUGAACAGAGAACUAGAGAGUGCUAUAGGAGGGACAGCUGGUGUCAGAACUGGCAAAAAGGUUGGAGGUAUGUCUGACCUCCACCUCACAGAAAUUAGUUUUGGACUGCUGAUACUGAUAACGAUUCUCUCUCCCUCCCCUUGUGAAGUCAGACGAGGAGGUCAGAUGCCCCACGCCACCAUUUUUACACCUGGUCUCUUGGCCACUACAGGCUUCCUCGAUGUGAUGACAUCUCAGUUGAGACCUAAAAGGUGGGUAGUUAGGCAAGUCAAGGGGAGAAGGAAAGAGAACAACAUUAUAGGCAGAAGUUAUUGCACAUACAAUGUCAUGAAGAUAAAGAGAAUCUGGAGAUGUCCUUUCGUCAGUGCUCUUUUCUGUGGCAGGAAUUGGUUCUCAUAGAAUUAGUGUACUCAGAAUUAGUGUGAUGGAAGACUCUGGUGUGUCAUAUGGAAAUAGGCACGUGUACACCACAGAAAGACUACAUAUUGGAGGUGAAAGGGACAGUGGGGGCUGGGAGUGUUUGGGUCCCAUGACCCUGGGGCUCAGGGAAUCAGAGGCUCACAAGAAUACAAGGAUGGGAGGUCUGCCUUCCCAGACUCCUCCAUUCUGCAUUCCCAUAUCCCCUUCCCCCCGGCCAUGAGACUAUCAGGCUCAUAGACUCUAAGUUACUUGAGGUUAAUAAAUAUUUGUCAAAUUACCCCCACAGAUUCCUCAAAACUAUAAUUGCUAAUUUUUAUUUUAGCAAUUUAAAUUAACCCACAAUUAACUGCUGAGGACAAUUAACACCUAGGAGAAAAGUUUGUUUCCUCUUCUGAGAUGUCCUCAUUUCCCUUCCAGAUAGUGUCACUUCUGAACAAGGGUUGGCAA